AGCUGCUUAUUCUUACUGCGGUCUAUUGCAAUGACCUUUUGAGGUUAUGGGCAAUGGUUGAUACAGGGUACCAUGAUAUGAUCAGAGAACAGCGAGUUCUUCUCAAAUCUGUGGUGAUGGCUUUUCUUCUUUGGCGUUUCCCGCAUCUUGUGAUGUAGGCACUCUACAUUACAGACUCGGUAAAGAGCUUCUCAUUCGGAUAGUACUUUAAUCCGUUCGCCUGCAAGUUACAGCCUUGUGCUACGGGUUAGCUAGUAAUUCCGUUCCGUCUCUUCCUUAGCUUCAGAGAUAGAGGGCACAAACGGUUGCUUUCGCUUCACGAUCGCUUGAUAUUACUCUCCCAAAACAACAACCAUCCUCACCCUCCUCCCCCUUGAAGGUUCUCUACAAUGCCUUCAUUCAUGCGUUCGCGCAAGCGCCCACCACCUCCUGCAAAGCUGGAGAUCAACCGUUCGACUGAAGUCUCGGUUCAGAUCGAGCGUGAUGAAGAGGGUAGACGUAGGUUGGAGCAUCUAUUCGCACUCUUGGAUAUCCCCCGCGAUUCCAUGCCUGGUCCAGACGAGGAAGUAUCGGAUGUAUCGAUCUUCACUGGUGUUUAUGCCCCAACGUCUGCUUUCUGGUGCGACGGCAGAACUGAAAUCCGUGUCUACGUCAACGACAUCGAUGUCACUGCUAACCCGGAACCUGGCAGUUUCCCAUCUGGCCCCUCUGUCCGCCCCCCGUCUCGAUCACAAACUCUUCAACCAAGACUAAGAAGACGGGAAAAGAUAGUCAAUCUUAUGUUGGACUCGGCGCAACACCUUAACACCUUCAUCGAGAAGACCCACGAGAAAUUCAGCUUCACGCACGUACCCGCUGACGAAGAUACCACACCAGUCGAGCACAAUCCACGUAUUGUAUACCACCCUCCUCGUAUCUACGGCGGCGGCCUUAACUGCGCAAUUCCAAUGAUGGAUCAACGGAGAAUUCGGCCAAGCCCUCCCAGUCUGUCGUUGCGAGAGAUCGGCGAGAAUGCUGUGAAUCGGGUUUCUAGCUAUUUUGCGAGACCAAGAGACGAAAGAGAUAUGACUCCUCUUCUCGAGCAGCGCCCCGCUGUCCCUGAUAUGGAAGCAAACCUGACUUCCGAUCAAGUCAGUGAGAUUCACAAAUGGGCCGAGGACACUAUUUCGGAGAGCAACCCACUGUCUCCUCAGAACGACGGUAUCCACUCGCUCACUACACGUGAGCUCCUCAGCCUUGAAGGGGGCCGGAUUGAUAAGAUCGAGCUCGCGAAGCACUAUUGCGGACCGCCAAAUACUCCUCUAGUCGGCGCCACGGAUGCUGAUGCUAUGAGCGAUGUCCCUGGUCUGUCUUUGGACGCUAACGAAGACACCGAGCAAAAUCUCAACGAGACACAAAUUGCUAAGCGUAAAGACCUCCUCAACUACCUCGGCGAGGCUUGCCACGUCUCUAUCCACCUCGCAGCGGACAAUAUCAACUCGUUCGAAGCCGACCUAAACCUCUCUGAUUAUUACAAGAUCCACCUAAUCGAGCCACGAAACACGAAGAAAGUUACUGUAGGCAAUUUGGAGGAUCCAGUCGUUAAGCAAUCUCUGAGCAGCGACGAAACCGACAACACGGCUGUUGAGCGAGUCGAAAUUCGAUCCUUGAACUUGGGAGACUUGGAAGUGAACGAGGACAAAGAUGAGAACCAAAUCGUGGCUGCACCUUCUUACCGACCAGUUCAAGCCUUGGUCCUGUAUCUCUGCGGCAAAGGAAAGUCUCACGAUUGUAUCGCAACCAUGUUGAUCGACCUCGACGAUGAAUUCAAGAACCUGAAAGGCAAGGUCUUCCGUGGUAUCAAGUUCCCCGAGCAGUUCGAUUGGUCUGAUGAUUGGGUUGCCAAGGUUGUUACACUCUGCAAGACGAAGCCGAAGCAUCACAUCUGGGAGAAUUUGGUCAAGAAGGCAUGGGAGAAGAAGAUUCACGGCUCGGCAUACAAGUUGGCUAAGAAGAAUGCGAAGAUUGCUAAGAUGAGAGAGAUUGUUCACCGUACAUUGGAGGAUCACUUCGAUUGGCGAUUUGGCAAGGGUGAAAACGAGAAUGAGCAUACGAACACUAAUGGUCCUUCGGAGACUGAUUAGAUGGUGGUCGGACUGGCGUACAUUGGGCGUGGACCGCGUUGGUAAAGUGGAUGGCCGGGGCGUUCAUUUGAGGCAUUGCG